AUAUAACGAUAGUCAGGAAUAGAAUGUAUUUCGGUGGAAGAUCGAGAAGGAAAGAUAACUGGAUGAUUCAAACACUUACAGUGACAUGUGAUAACAAAUGUUUACGAAGCUAUUUAUGUAAUUUUGUUGUCAAUCAGUUUCAAGUAUGCUUCAACAAUAAUCAAAACUCAAUUUACAUGCUAACCAAUAAUGUUAGAAUAUCAUUUUGAUAAUAUAGAUCCAAAUUCUCUUGUAUUGGAAUAAAAAACAAGAGAAUAAAAUGAGGAAAAAAGAGAGGAGCUAAUUUAACCGGGAAAUAUCGGAUACUGCGAAUGAAAAGGGGUUAUUAAGUGUUAAUAAGCGAUAUAGGGUAACAAACAAAAAGGAACUGGAGUAAAAAGAAAGUCAAAAGCAGAUCAUAAAAAUGAAAUUCAUAAAUCUUAUUCUCUUUAAAAUAAUCCCCACUUGUAACAUUAAACACUUGUUAUAUCUCCGUUCUCAUUGUUUGAAAUACCACUCAGUGGUUAGUUUCACCAACUAUCUUAUCGUUUCAUGUUUUAUCUAUAAUCUAAAAUGUUUUUCUUAGAGUUUACGUCACUAAUAAGUUGCCGGACAGUGAUGAAUUAAUAAUUUUAAAUUAUGAAGGGCAUAAAGUAUCGGACAGCUUCAAUAAUAUUCAGUUGAUGGUCGCUCUGCUCUCAAACCAUCUUUAUCGUCUUUAUGUCCAUCAUUAAGACAUUUGUUUCACUUAAAACGAGCAGUCUUCUAAUUCAUCGUCUUCACAGAUGGCUUUAAACAUUUUACGCAUUUUCUAAGAGUACUUCCUACGUUUCGUCAGAGAUUUGAUAUAUGUUAUCAUUCGACAAACCGUGUAAUGUAAUUUUACUACGAAUAGGAGGAUUUCACUAUUUUUCACCACACCUUUCGAUACCUUUACGUUGAUCAAUUUGUAUAAGAUUUUCUAGUAAUAUGUAUGCAAGAAAGCACUUGUCAAUCUUGUGUUAUAUAUGACAAAUCAUAGGCGCAAAUAACAUAUCGUCCCAUACCAGGACGAAACGGCCGUCCAGUGCUUCAAGUUUUCAAUGGUGGUUUAGCUUACAUCGAUUCAUGAAUACAGCCAUUAAAAAUAUAAUUAAUUCUCUACAUAAUUGAUAAUACUUUUCUCAUCAAUUACAGUAUGGCAUGUUGGAUAUGUUUGUCAAUGGAACAGUAAAAUCUUUGCAGCUCCUCUAUCAGAAGGUAAGCUUAAUCAUGCUAAUCUCUUAAUUUCUAAGCAAAAUAAUGAUGAUAAUAAUAAUAGACUCUGGAAAAUGGUUAAAGUAAACCAAUUUUACUAGUGUAUCCUGUUUGUUUGUGUGUGUGCAAAGAAUGUUAACUUAAUUAGGCAAUUAUAAGCUCGACUACUCUAAUUUAAACCAUACUUUAUAUGUAUAAUUUAAGGAUUAUUUUGAUUUAUUCAACUUGGCACAAAAAAUAAGGAGAUAUUAUGAAGAGAUAAGUACUAGAAAGUACAAUCAAGGAAAAGAAGUUAACAAGAAUACAUUUUAGGUAAUAAAUACAGCUAAAAACAAUCUUUCCCAAUAAAGUGAGUUUUUCUUAAUGUUAUGAAUGCAAAAAUAAAUCACAGCAUGAUCUUCCUUAGCCAUUAAUCUGGGUCAUGUUUGAUAACAACUGAUGCCAUUGAAUUGGAUUGUCUUUAGGAUCCUAACCAGGAAGUUGUGGAAGACAGACAAAUGCUGUACAGUUUUUUUUAUACAUUGGCACCAAGUCAUAAACUGACUAUCUCCCCGCUUUUUCUACCCAGUCCUCUGUGUCAGCAAUUAAUACUCUAUGUGGAAGCCAACCUAAUACUUAUUCAAUCCAUCGAAAUUAUUGGUUACAAUAAUUGUGCGGAUAUGGGCUUGAAACUGUAUAACUAGUUAAUGUACUAUUUAAUUUUGAAUAAUUUCUCAGAUCGUGUAUCAUAAAUAUAUUCUGUGAAUAAAUUGUUACGUACUAUUCCUUUUCUCCAGGUGCUGGUCUAAAAUGUCAUCGUAUGAUUAAAACAUUAUGUCAAGUUAUUGGAAUUAAAGAUAUGUAUGCUAGAGUUGAAGGUAGUACAAAUAAUUAUCAAGCAAUAGCCAGAGGUUUUAUACGUUUAUUAAAACAACAAAAAACGUAUGAAGAUUUAGCUAACAGUUUAGGACUUCACGUCGUAGAAUUUGCUGCUGAUCGUGAUAUGUAUCCACAUGUAUUGGCAUCUCCUGCAUGUGGUCAUGCCAAUGAUUUUAGCAAGAAUAAUGUCAAUGAGUCUGGUGAUUCGUCUGCUGUGAUCCACUCAAAAUCUUAUGAAUUACCUCAAAGACUUCCACUGAUAGUUCCACAGAAUCCGACACAUCAUAAACCGCGUAAACCCAUACCUGAAGAACAUGACAAUUUCUUGGAUGAUUUAAUUGGUGUUGAUGAAGACACAACCACAGAAACUAAUAUUUCGGAAUUAUUAGCAGCAGGUGAACGUGAUUUAGAUGCUCUUAUGUUGGGAGGACGUGUCCCACUAAAGAAGAGUUCAUCUCACCAUGGACAAAUUACUAACCCCAUGGUUAUUAAGCGAAAAGCAGAACGUCAUCGUUAUCGUAACCAGCAAGUUGUCAGACUUGAGAGAAACGCUCAUAUAACAUUGUCUGUAAAUUCUGUUUAACUAUAAAAGCUUGUAUAUAUAUUUCUAGAAUAAAGUUUUAAUAGGUAUUUUACUUCAUAUUUUGAUUGUAUUCUGUGUAUUUACCGAUACUUCUGAAGGAUACACUUCAUAGACAUACAUAGGUUUUGAUAGGUUUCAACCGAAAAUAAUAGUGAGGAUAUUGACGACUUAAAAUGCUAGCAUUACGAAGACAUGUCUGCUUAUAUAAUUUUUAGUUUGAAAACUAACUCUAAUUUCUCAGUCUUCUACCAUUCAAAUUUAAUAAAUGUUGUGACGUCUAGCACCUUGAUAGAAGUAUGGCUCAUCUUUGCUUGAUUAUAACACAUUAAUGACGAUGCCUAUCAUCAAAUCAACGUAAAUUGAAUACUUUGAUGCUUGGUAACCUUUAUGACUCAGGUAAUUUCGAUGGAUUUUAAAUCAAUCUCAUCCUAUGUAUUGAGUUGCAUUUUGAUAGAUAAAUAUUAGAUAUUUCAUAGUUUGAAUCAAAUUCCGCCUGUUCUUCUAGAAUUACUGCCGGUCUCAUGCCCGGGUAAAAGAGGAGGAUUGGGCAUGGGGU